GUCUUCUGAAUUUUGCUAGGGCCAAUAGCAGCUUGAGACUGCAGCGGGGUUGGCUGCCCUAGCAACAGCAUAAAUUAUUAAUCGUGACAGGGCUGCACCCAGGAGGAAAAUAAAACCGUCCCCUUUCCUUCUAUCUGCGUCCGGAUAUAUUAUGGCGACCGCAGCCAUGCCGACCACGACAGGGCGGUUGUGCAGAGCUGUGCUUUGCGCUUUGGUGUGUUCGGCCCUGACAUCUGGCCUCAGCAUCCGCGCUGUGGACAAGAUAUCGGAAGCUGACAUACAGCGCGUACUGCACGGUAUCAUGGAGCAGCUGGGAAUCGCGCGACCCAGAGUGGAGUACACUGCACAGCAGGCGACCAACGUCGUGGGACCUCAAAGCAUUCAAGGUGGUGCUCAUGAGGGACUCCAGCACCUUGGCCCCUAUGGAAACGUUGUAGCUGAGUUGACAGGUAACAACAUCCCAAAGGAGGACCAGGCCUAUCCAGACCCUCCAAACCCCUGUCCUCUGGGCAAAACAGCAGUGGACGGAUGCCUGGAGAGCUCCCCAAACACAGCCAAGUUUAGCAAGGAGUUCCAGCAGCACCAGCGCCUGUUUGACCCAGAGCACAACUACCCGAUGCUGGCUAAGUGGAACAAGGAGCUGCUGUAUGAGAAAAUGAAUGGUGGAGCAAAAAGAAAGAAGAGGAGCACCAAUCCUUAUUUGAUGGGCCAGAGAUUGGAUAAUGUGGUGGCUAAAAAAUCUGUGCCCCAUUUCUCAGAAGAAGAUGACUCCAACAUCACCAGCACAAAGAAAUAAUGAGCCAGCUCCAGAAUGGUACACACCAUGCUGUAACAUUUUGAAUGACUUUGGGGGUCUUAUCAACAUAACUAAAUAACAAAAACAUAUAAAUAUAUGCACGUACACAAUACAGUUUUACUUUGUCAUAACCUAGGAGCUUUCAUUUCCUUUAUUCCAAUUCAAGUAAUUCAUUUUGCCAUAAUCAGAGACUUCCCCAUUUGUUGGUAAGCUGUUCUAGAGUCUCUUAUUCAGGGCUACCCAACCCUGUUCCUGGAGAUCUGCCAUCCUGUUGGUUUUCACUUCUACCCUAACAGAGCACACCUCAUUCGACAGCUAGAGCAGUGGUUUCCAAACCUCUCCUUGGAUACCCUCAGCCCAGUUCUGGUAUUUCAGCACUUGAUUACUUGCAUUAGAUGUGCUUGAGAUGGAACACAUCAAAUACCUGGAUCUGGCUGGGGAUAAUCAAGGGGCGGUUUGGGAACCACUGAGUGAGAGAUCUCAUUAAGCUGCUAAUUAGUAGAAUCAGGCGUGCCAAAUUAGGGUUGAAAUGAAAACUUAGAGGACGGUAUAUCUCCAGGAACAGGGUUGGGUAACCUUGCUCUCACUAGUUCAUAAACCCAGCUACCAUAUUACAGUCCCUCUAAACCACCAGUUAUUUACUGCCCAGUUCUUUUUUUCUCUGAAACUCACUGUCCUACUGCCUGUAUAUCAGCAAGGUUAUCACAGGGUGAUCCUUCCUCUGCGUAUGUGUGCGAUGUAGAUAUGCUGAGCCCAAUAAAAACUUCAAUUGAUAAUGUGCA